ACGAAUGAGCACACUAUAGAGGUCAGUGACGUCAACAGUAGAACAUAACAACAUGGAUGAUUCGCACUGAAGCAGUUCGGACAUCAAAGCGUAUUCAGUAACGCUCGAACAUUCGCCACUGAGCUGAAAGUAGCCGAGUGAAUCCAAACUCAACGGAACUCAAACGUUAUGGAACCGUGAACUGAUUUCAUUGUUGUAACCCGAACUUAAUGUUAUCGAACAACGACAUCUGUUCAUCCACUUUAGUUACUUGACUUUGGAGGAACACAGUUUCGUUGUGACUGCUGAAAGAAGACAUUUAAUCCAGGAUCAAAAGGGUGUCGUCAUGUUCAGUUUCCUCGGACUACGAAAAGAUGGGAAGAAGUCAACAUCGGAGAAGGAGGCAGAUGGAGGCUUUGUCAUCAUCGGAGAAACAGCUGAAGAACAGAGGAGGAAGAUGCAGAGCAUGAACGUCACACAUCCAUCAACAAACGUCAUAGUGCAGCCAUCAAAGUCAUCCUACACACCUCCAGUUCAACAUGACAACAGAGAGCUCUAUCCACCUUUACCCACAAUAGGGCAAGUACCAGUCCCCUCAGCAGCGGAAACUGCUUCGACUCUUCCGGAUGUCCUCGGAGACGUCCCCUUCACUUUGGCUCCUCAUGUCCUGACUAUGCAGGCAGGAUUCCAGCUGAUUCCUGAUGUGCUGCUGUCCCGGGACAUUAACUACAACCUGGCUAAUUUUCAUUACGACUUCACUUUAGAGAACUCAGUGCUCCAUAAUGCCUAGUUUGAUUGAAUGUUUAUAUAUCGGUGGCUGUCGGCAGGAGUUCACAAUGUGGGGAACUAUAUGAGAAGUUACAGCUCCACAACUUAUUGAAUAAGCAAAUGUGAUUCUGUAGGAUUAUGAGGAUUUAAACUCUCACUAAAAUGACAUAAAAAAACCCAAAAGUUGUAGAUUUAAAAAGCAUUGAACUGAUGAGGAUGACAGGGUCUAACUGAAUUUGCUGGAACAGAAUGGCCUUGUUCCCUGUUGUGCUGCUCAGUGUGAAUACAUGGAGUACAGUGUGUUAUAAUGAUGUUGUCUAACUGUGAACGGGAUAAUUAUGGGUUAUGACAACUUGGGUCAAUUACAUUUUACUUACCAAGACAUUUGCUGAGUUCUGGGGACAAUGAUGCAAACAAACACACCUGAAAUGUUGGUGUCAAUCUGACAUUGCUUACAAAUAUUGUAAGUAAAUCAGGUCAAAUUUGAACCAGGAAGUUGGCCAACAAACCAUGAUGGGUAAUUUACCAAAGAUAGUCUUGGUAAUAGUUUUACUGUCCCCUUUUCAAUUAAAGUAUCUACUUAUUAGAUGUCGGUUUUGGGUUUCGUUAUUAUCAAAUUAAUGUACAAAGUCAAAUUCCUCUCUCUACUGUGUAGCUGAGUAACUCAAUAUUUCAUGUUUUUUUUUUAAUUACAAGAAGAUAAAAAGAGCUGUAGCCAAUAUGUGGUAUUAGCUUGACAAGGUCACGGUAGUAAACAAUGACCGUAUAUAAAGACUAUGCAUCUCCACAAGUAAAAAAGAAAUGAAGCCAAAAUGUCCCGGUAAUGGACGCUGCCAUCUUGUGCUGAUGACGUAAUUUGGUGAAACUGUAGUCUAAAGGUGAUACAGGUGCUUGGCCAAUCAUGAGUCAGUCUCAUCUAUCAGUUAUGACAUUUCACCCUGUUUUUAUAGCAUCAAAUAACUAAUUGAAACCAAACUUGUCAGAAACAUGAAUUUUGAAAAAAAAUCUGUGUGAUAAGAACUACUUCAAAUAACAGAGACGAUCUUUGGAAAACAAUUGUUUGAGGUGUCCAUGUCCCUUCUUCUAAUAUGGAUGGAGUGGGGGUUAUGACCUACACUGCAGACAGCCUGCAGGGGGCGAUAGAGAUGAUUUGGCAUCACUUUUGGGAACUGUCAUGUUGUCCAUCUUUAUAUACAGUCAUUGGAAGCAAAGCAUGAAUGUAGCCUCUGGUUCUCUGGUCAAGUUUAGGUCUGAAAUUUGGCAGUAGUAGUCAUGUUCAUAUAAAAUUGGGUUGUAAAGACGUGUUGGAGCUGGGUUUACGUCCCAGUGUUAGCUCAUCAGUACAGACUGCCUUUGUCUCUUGUCCUGCCAGACUUCAGCCUCCAUGUUGCCACAAUGCACUUUGUAAGCGCUGUUCUUUUAUUACAGGUACACAGGGUGACCCAAACUAUAAUGACAAGACCCAAGUUGUACGAAAUUGGAAUGAUCCCUAAAGUAAAGGGUGAUAAGUUACUACAUACAGAUCCAUCGUCCUUGUGAUGUGAGAUAUGUAUUGUUCAUACUAGGUUGUCUUUUCAAAAGCUAUGAGAAAAAGCCUGCUUUAUUUGAGCUCAUUUGAGGCUGUGGCUCCUGGAUGAUGAAGCAAUAGCAACUAUUAAAAGCUUGGCACUUGGACAACUCUUCAUUAGAGUCACUGGAUAGAAGCAACUAAUUCAGAGGAUUGUCUAAAUGAAAAAAUAAUUUUUUUUUACUAACUUCAGCUUCCUGUGUCUUCUGUCAUAAUUUAAUAUGAUGCCAUUGCCUUUUAUAUAUUUGACAUUAUAUGAGGCAGCAACACUUCUUUCAACAAUCAAUAUUUUGAGUGUUUUACAGCUGCCAAUGACCUCCAUGUCCUUAUUUUCCUUCAUGAAUAUGGCCUUCCUUAUGGAACACACUGUUCACUACAUUGGUUAAAAUAUACUAAUUAUUAGUUCUGACCUCGCUCAAUAUACUGGUGUUCAUAGUGAAUACCUCAGAAAUUAAACUGAACUACCACUUUUUACAUGUAGACAAAGUGAUUGUUGUGAACAGCACGAGCCCUGUCUCAUUAACUGAUACUGAACAGUGAUGUGGUACUGCAUAUCAUGUGAAGUCACCUGCUGUUUGUGUUUUAAACACAGAACAAGGCUCAAGAGCUGCAGGUGUUCCCACGCGUCAUUUGAAAUCCUUGAACCUUUGUGAAUUUGAAAAGAAAAAUCCAGGCCUUGAAUAAUUUUGAAAAUAGGCGUGGAUCAUUGGAAAUGUUUGAAUUCAUACAUUUAUGUCAAAAUAGAAAUUUAAGGUUUUCAAAUAUAAUUUUAUUUAACUUAACACUAGUAAAUAGACUUUGUGCCCCUCUCUGCAUGUGUGUCCCAUCGUCUUUCAACUCUUCAACAGUUGUGCUCUGUUAGAGUUUAUAUUUGAGAGUUUGGGGUAGAAUGAUUAAAUCUUAGCUAGCUUUUGUGCUUGUUGAUACACACUGUAAAAAUACAGGGGUUUUUAGUUCAUCAUUCGUCCAUCAGUAGUUUUUACUUUGAGUACUGUUGUCUUUAGAUAGAUGCGCACGUCCUGCUUUGAACCAUGAUCUCAGCAGAGAACACGAAGCUGGAUGGACUGACAUCUUGUUUACCUUUGUAUUGUCCUUUGUUCUCGCUUAGUUUGAUAAACAUGAGCUUUUGAACUCUGCAGAGUGAAUUUUGCAGAGUGAGCUAUACUGUGCAGCAAUACUGUGUUUACCUCUAAAUUGUUUAUACAUGAUCAAACUGGGUCUCUUAAAACCUGAUGUGCCUUUUAAUAAGCAGCCCAUACCAUUCAGAUUGUACCUUUCCCUUUCACUAAUAUGUCACUAAAAUCAGUUCAUGCUGGUUUGGUGUUCUCCUGGUUGUAACUGUGGAAGGCAACUUACUUCACAAAUAAAUUUGAAGAAGGA